AUCAUAUAAGGAAGGUGCCACCUCGUGCCACCUCAAGCUCUCUCUCUCUCUCUCUCUCGCUCGCGGUAUUGUCGCCGGUAGGAAUUCCCAUCACUUUCGUAGACGACGAUUCUCCUUCGUACACGUAAACUUCGUUCUCUUUGUUUCCUCAUUAUCAUCAAGCCAUUUCCUUACCGCCUCAAGGCUUCUCUCUCCACACAAAAUAAUAUGCCAACGAUUUCUGAACUUUUCUUUGUACUAUCUCGCUCUGGACAGGGUGUGAAGUAGAAGAGGGAGAGAGAUACAUAUAGCGAAAGAAGAAGUAGAAGAGAAAGAGUUGAAUGGCGGUGGAGUACAAAUGUUGCGGAUCGGAGUUCUUCAUUCACAUUCUGAUAAUUACGCUGCUGGUUUUGUUUUCUGGUUUGAUGUCUGGACUUACUUUGGGGCUCAUGUCUUUGAGUCUGGUUGAUCUUGAAGUUCUGGCACAGUCUGGAACUCCCAAGGAUCGUAAACAUGCUGCGAAGAUAAUGCCAGUUGUCAAAAAUCAACAUUUAUUGCUGUGCACUCUGCUUAUUUGCAAUGCAGCUGCCAUGGAGGCCCUUCCUAUUUUUCUUGAUAGCCUAAUUACAGCUUGGGGCGCUAUCUUGAUUUCGGUGACAUUGAUACUUCUGUUUGGUGAGAUAAUACCACAGUCUGUGUGCUCUAGAUAUGGAUUGGCUAUUGGUGCAGCUCUAGCUCCAUUUGUUCACAUUCUUGUUUGGAUCUGUUUCCCUGUUGCAUAUCCAAUAAGCAAGUUAUUGGACUUUCUGCUGGGCCAUGGGCAUGUAGCUCUAUUUCGCAGAGCUGAGUUGAAAACACUUGUUAAUUUGCAUGGCAAUGAGGCAGGGAAAGGUGGAGAACUCACACAUGAUGAGACAACAAUCAUUGCCGGAGCACUUGAGCUUACUGAGAAAACAGCUAGGGAUGCAAUGACUCCUCUAUCUGAGACUUUUUCAAUUGAUAUUAAUGCCAAACUUGGCAGGGAUUUGAUGAAUUUGAUAUUGGAGAAAGGGCAUAGCAGGGUUCCAGUUUAUUAUGCGGAACCUGCGAAUAUAAUCGGACUUAUUCUGGCAAAGAAUUUACUAACCAUCCAUCCAGAAGAUGAAGUGCCUGUAAAGAACGUUACUAUUCGCAGGAUACCAAGGGUUCCGGAAACUCUGCCAUUAUACGACAUCUUGAAUGAGUUUCAGAAAGGUCACAGCCACAUGGCUGUUGUUGUAAGACAGUGUAACAAGGUGGUGGACCAGCCUGGCAGCGAGGGUCCUGCAGAAAAUCCCGUGAAGGAUGUGAGGGUAGAUGUAGAUGGUGAAAAGCCUCCCCUGGAAAAGAGUUUAAAGGCUAAAAGGUCGUUCCAGAAAUGGAAGAGCUUUUCCAAUGGAGGGAACAAUUCUUACAGGGGCACAAAUAGGAGCAAGAAGUGGUCAAAGGACAUGUACUCAGACAUUCUGCAGAUAGAGGGAAACCCACUUCCCCAGCUCCCUGAAGAAGAAGCUGUCGGCAUAAUAACAAUGGAAGAUGUCAUUGAAGAGCUUUUACAGGAGGAGAUCUUUGAUGAGACAGAUCACCAUUUUGAGGAUUCAUGACAGUGGUUCUGUUGAUACUGAAAAGUUUUACUACACAGAAGGUGAUGAAAAUUUUGUUAUGCUCAAUUGGCACUUAGGCUAUAAUGGAGGUGGACAUAGAUAGAUGUAGAUGGUUAUCUGGGAGAGCAUACUGGAGUCAGACAAUUUAUAGCUGAGAUGUAUGAAGAGGCAAAUAUGUAGGAUUUGGUGUACUUUCUUUCAUAUAGCUUUGAGUGACCAGAGAUUAAAAACUGUUUGUUCUAUAUGUAUUUGCUUGGCCCUUGAAUUGGCCCCUCCCAUCAUCAUUUGUAUAUGUAGCCAUUUACUUGCUCAUCCACCGAGUCGGUGACUUAGCAUCUUUAGACUCGAUCAUUUACCUUUCCAAAUCCAGCUGUAGGUGGGAGUCUAUGUAUUGUAUACAACAUUUCUAGCCAUUUUCUUGCACAAAAAACCUGGAUUUGAUGCUAUGGCUUAGCAAUAAUUACUAUGUAAGAGUAAAGCAUUCCU